AUCCCGACAGAAUCUUCCCCACCACACCUUUGGUGGUUGACGAGAACGAGUCAAACCAAACAGUUUUCAGUGGUUUUCAGCAUUGUGCUGCCAACCGCCAAGCGCCUUACAUCACAAUGUGUCCCAAUUUUACAGUCGAGAGUUGGCAAGAUCUCCGUUAGUCGAACCUGUCAUUCUUAGUUAAUACAAACGAGCAAGCGUUUGUUUCGAGUUGAUGUAUAUCUCGAUCACGUAUAUAGCAUGAAGUCUCCCCCCCUGACGAUGAUCUCUGGAGUAUCAGUACUCCUAUUGUCUAGACGAAAAGCUCGAUACCCACAUACCAAACUAUCAUAGACAAACAAACAGAAUGUCCUACAGCAGACGCGACUUCCGGGACGAACACCCACCUCGUCGACACCACCACCACCACACCCCAGCCUACUCCGAUUAUAGCAGCAGGGCAUCCGACUACAGUCCGACGGGGGACCUCGGAGCUGUCACUCACACGCACCAUGCGACAACCAGGAGGAGUCAGGAUGACCUUUACGAAAUAGAAAGAAACAGGCCGCGCGCAAGAGAUCUUAGCCGCGGAUACGAAGGACAGCGCCCGCACCCACGGUCGAGAUCCAACCAUGAUUCAAAACACCACCACGGGCACGAAAGCCACCGCGACCACGGUAGAAGCAGCAAGAGGAGGUCUUCAAGCUCGGGAACCAACUGGACCCAGGCGGCCGUCGCGGCUGCCAGCGCAGGCAUCAUCGAGGCAGGGCUGGCGCGGCAUGACAGGGACAGAACCGCCAGGGUUCUGACGGCGGCAGCUGGUGCGGGCGCCAUUGAUGCCGUCGCGGCAAGGAAACACGAGAAGCCACACAGGCAAUGGGAGCAUGUCGUCGGUAGCACGGUGGGAGGUCUUGUCGUGAACCGCGUCGCUCACGGUUCCGGGCGACAUCACUGAUAUGUUUUUUGGAGACUUUUUUUUCUCUUUCACAC